AUGAGCUCUUAUCUAGCUGCCUGUAAAGCUCUUGUAAAAGCUUUUGGAAUCCUGUUGGACUUUGCUAGGCAGUAUGCCGCGGGCGUUAUGGCUGGAUCUCCAGUCAACUAUGUUAAGAAUGCUAGGCUUUGCGGAAACCUCUUUAACUUGGGGGAUAUAAGUGGACUUAAGUGUGGGGUGGAUUUGAACUUUUUCGUUGACUAUACUGAACCCCUGGAUGCUCUGGCGUGGUUUAAGGAGCUGGGGGAAUGGCCACUAGGCGACUUACCUGAUAGGCAUGAGUUUCUACUUAUGUUUAACGUGGCACAGCGGAGAAGAUCACGAUCCUUAUAG